AAACCCAGGAAACAUUUUGGAAAGGAAUCAUUUUGAUCAAACUUGUUGAGUACUCUUUUUAGUGGUCCCAGAUUUGUGGCCCCCUCUGUACGUAUUCACUAAUUGCUUAAAGAGAGAGAGCAGCGCUCUAGAGAUUGGGGGAGGAGUUAAAACACCAUCACCUAGUAACCAGUAACGUAAACUGACCAGAAGGGUCGUAAAUACGAAACCCGAUCCGCGAAGUCGGGUCUUUUGUGCAGCUGCUUCAACGCUCGCAGAGUAAAUGAACUUGUCUCAAGAUUGAGAAGGAAUGGUGUUUCAGCAACCGGGGCGAAUUUGAAAGCAAUAAAGAAAAGGGAAUAGCAGCGUGCGCGCAACAUACGGACAAUGUGGGAAUGCACCGAUGUGGAAGACUGGUAAUAAGAGACAGGAGUUCAUAAAUAGACAACGAACGCGUCCCUUCUCCAGCGAGCGGAAUAAACCAGUACUUUUCACUUCUUAUUUGCUUUCGACCACGAUGUGUCCAUUCGCAAAAUACUGGGGAUCAAAGUGAGCGCGCACCUGAUUGACGUGGCGAUUUGACUGCUGACUCCCGCGGUCAGCUGAUGCUGUACAGUAACGGUGAAGGGGAAUUCUGGUGUGGCGGCUUAAUGCCCGACGUGAAAUCAGAAAGCCCUUGUGUAAAACAUGAUGAGAAGGGCCCUUGAAACGGAUGGGAGCACAGACCGCUCUAGCUGACCUGAAUAAUGGGAAUGAAUAUAAUAAUAAUGGAACAGCCGCAUUGACGAAGAUCAUCCGCACACCCCCUCUUCUCGCUGCUGCCCGUCAGCAUGCUGCGGAUACUUCCGCUCAAAUUCGGCCGCGUCUACCGAGGAACGAGCUCACCGAUCGCCGCUUCAUCGGCCUCAACAAGUGUCCGGCCUGUUUCGGCACCAGCUGGUGUCGGAAGUUCAUGAACGGCCAGGUGACCUUCGAGACCUGGGGUCGCCUGCGCUUUCUAGACUUUUUCAACGUAAAGAAUGUUUUUUUCGCUCAGUACGGAGAGCCCAGGGAAGGAAGCCGCAGGGUCGUGCUCAAACGCCUGGGCUCUAAUCAAGAGCUGGCUGAGAUCGAUCAAAAGAUAUGCAAGAGGGCCACCGGAAGACCCCGAUGUGACCUGAUUCAGGCUAUUUACAAAACCGAGUUUGCCCGACUGAAUGGGGACGUGAGACUGCUGACCCCGGAGGUUGUGGAGGGCUGGUCGGAUCUGGUCCACUGUCCGUCCCAGAGGCUUUUAGAUCGGCUGGUUAGGAGAUACGCGGAGACCAAGGACUCUGGAAGCUUCCUGUUGAAGAAUCUUAAAGACACGGAACGAAUGCAGCUAAUGAUGACCUUGGCCUUCAACCCCGAGCCUCUUGUGUUGCAGAGCUUUCCCUCCGACGAGGGCUGGCCGUUCGCCAAAUACCUGGGGGCCUGCGGCCGGAUGGUGGCGGUGAAUUACGUGGGCGAGGAGCUCUGGAGCUUCUACAAUGCACCCUGGGAGAAGAGAGUGGAUCUGGCCAAGCAGCUGAUGGACAUCGCCGAGCAGCUGACCAACAAUGACUUUGACUUUGCCCUUUAUCUGCUGGAUGUCACAUUCGACAACUUUGCGGUCGGGCCACGUGACGGAAAAGUCAUCGUCGUCGACGCGGAAAACGUCAUAGUGGCGGACAAGAGAUUAAUAAAACAGAAUAAACCAGAGAACUACGACAUCUGGUACGAGAGCCGCUACGAAGAAUGCGACAAAGAGGCCUGUCUCUCCUUCUCUAAGGACAUCCUCUGCUCCCGAGUCACAGUGGACCACAACUACUACGCCAUCUGUCAAAACCUCCUCUCCAGAUUCGCCACCUGGCGAGGGACCACGGGCGGUCUCCUACAUGACCCCCCCGCCGAUGUGGUCAAAGACGGCCGCCUCACGGCCCUGCUGGAUGAGUGCACCAGGCCUCAGAAACAUUACGGCCGAUUCCAGGCAGCUAAAGAACUCCGGGAGUAUCUGACACAACUCACACAGCUGAGCAGUACUAACAGGUAGUGUCAAGAACAGGGGACGAUGUCUCCUGCUUAAUAAAAAACCUGAGAGGUACACUGAUGUGGUAGCCAUUCGUGGACCCUGCGAGGGUAGGGAGUCGCUCUCAAAACGACGUUUAUCAAUCACACCUUUGGUUCUGGGUCUGUCCGGGGCUAAUGAAAAAGUUUGCACAUGAACGUGGAUAAAAGGGUUGUGUGAACGGCAGACUAGAGGCUUAAACUGCUGUGAUCACACUGGUGUGUGUAUGUGUGUGUGUUUUUCUGCAAAAUCCAUCUUAAGAUAGAGGCUGUGUUUUGGAACACAAGUCUGAUUCAGAUCCUACGGUUUCUAUUUAAUUCAUAAUGGCGAGCUGUGAGUACACCAUAAGCAGGGUUUAUUACUAAAAUGACACGGGAAGCUAAUUUUUUGUUUGACUUCUUAGCGCUAUUGUAUUUCUGAGCUCUAAAUUGAAUUAACCACCUGGUUCCUUUGCUAUGGGAACCUUAGUCAUGUCUUAACUGAAUUUGAAAGCCUGCUUGAUCAAAUUUCCCUCCAAUAAGAGGUGUAAUUUGGUCAAGUCUUUCCUGUACGAUGAAUAUGCUCAGCGAGUCUUUGAUGCUUUAUGAAAAAGUGGCAAUCCGUUUCAGUGGCGGUACCUUGACAGUGUGAUGUUUGGGGGAAAAGAGGAUUUCAAACAAAAAAGUAUGCAAGAAUACAAAAAUACCAAAGACAAAUGUCAUCAAUGGUUAGAUGUUUUUGUUCUUUUAGCGAUGCUUUGACCAAUAUCAUCCAAAAGGGCAAUCACAAGCUCUUAUGUUUUAUGUUUCUGUUGUCGAAAUACACUUCUGUUAUUUGUACUUUCCUCUUUUUGGACCAAUGCAGUUAAAGUCUGCUAUCGUGAUAUACAGUACUGUCCCAUUCACUUGCACUGUACUUAUACAUUAAAGUGAUAGUUCACCCCAAAAAUGAAAAUUCUGUAAUCAUUUACUCACCCUCUUGUCGUUUCAAACCUGUAUGACUUGCUUUCUUCUGCAAAACACAAAAGAAGAUAUUUUGAAGAAUGUUGUUAACAGCCCUAUUCACUUGCAUUGGUUUUGUGUCCAUACAAUAGAAGUGAAUGGGGGCCAGUGCUGUUCGGUUACCAACUUUCUUCAAAAUAUCUUCUUUUGUGUUCUGCAGAAGAAAGUCAUAAAGGUUUGAAAUGACAAGAGGGUGAGUAAAUGAUGACAGAGUUUUCAUUUUUGGAUGAACUAUCCCUUUAAGUUUACAAACAUGUGCACUACAUUGUCAUUAUUACUCAUAUUCCUUUGCUCUUUGCCCUCUUAAAAGUUUUGUGACGUAAAUAUUUGUGUGCGUAUUUCAAAUGUUAUUUCGCCAUGCAAGCGUGACCUGUGUGCAACUUUACGUUCGUAAUAAGCAAUAUUGGGAGUCGAUGGAGUGUUAGGAAUUAUUGCUUUGAACUUUCCUUCGUUUUAGUUUGUAUAUUCAUGUCGUUUGAAGAUGUUCUUAUCUUCCUGCAAUUUUGGAAUCCGGGUCAUGUUAAAAAAAUAUUUUGGUUAAUUUGUAAAGUCUGCUUUUUGUAUGUGUUUGUUUUAAGACUGAGAAAAGGUCUGGUCUUACUGUGCCUUUCAUUCAAAGUUGUAUUUUCAACUGGAACUCGAAAGUAUAUUAAAGUACAUCUAUACUUACCAGG